UUUGGCGAGGUAUGUUGGUGAGCAGUUCCUAUUAUUGAAAUAUUCCAAUAUGUCCAUGUCUUUUUGCCAAAGCAGUUCCGUUACUAAACUACCAAGACUCAAACCCGAUCUGCCGGCAUGUCCCAAACUGGUCCGAAUAAACUCCACGCUAAAUGGAAUAACACCGGAAAACAAUGCAGUCACUACAGCUAAUAAAGAUGAAGUUGGCACAUCCCCCCGAUGUGAAUCGAAGAAAAUGGACCUCGCCUUGAAAAAUUGCACUGAUCUCAAAGAAAGGCAGUUGUACAAAGAUUUCUCCACGGCAAGACUAUUGAUGGACAACGCUACGCAUCAACACGUGUACCAACAAUUGAACAUCCAUAAAAUUAAACAUUCGACUGGGACACCACUAUGGUGGCCAACAUUAAAGACCGAAGAGCCAUAUGAAGGAGAAGAGAGAAAAUGUAUCCGAGACCCGGCUACAUGGAACAACGGGUCAAGAAUGCAAGCUGACCAAGCCAAUGAGAAUCGGCAUGGGUUUGAUGGAAAAGUCGAAAGUGAUUUUUUCAGUACAAAUGGCUGCGGCAAAACUGAACCGAACAGUAACAAAAUUGAAACAACUGAAGAUUUUGAGAGUGACCCCACAACAACUUCUUCUAUAUCAAUGAGAAACGAGAAGGCGACUGUAGAGGUAAAAAGCGGUGUUGAGCACGAAGGCGAGGGAGCGGAUGACGGGCUCAGUUUAUCGGGAUGCAGCGAUACUGAAGACUACAGUUGUGGAAAAAGAAAACAACGCAGAUAUCGCACAACGUUUACCAGUUACCAAUUAGAUGAACUGGAACGGGCAUUUCAAAAAACGCACUACCCAGACGUAUUUACCAG